AUGGCAUCCGCACCUACCACCUCUACCCUCAUCAACGGCAAGCCGAUCCCCGCUGCCCUCGAGGGCAAGCGCAUCCUUGACGAAUACGAAGAUUUCGACAAGACAGCCAACGCCUGGUCCAUAAGAAAGAAAUGGACCCUUCUCACCAUCGUCGCGCUCUGCCAAACGAGCAUGAACUUCAACGCGGCCAUCUACUCCAACGCUGUGGAGCCGCUCAAUGAGCAUUUUGGUAUCAGCUACGCGCGCAUGGGCAUGGUGGCUUUCCUUGUGCCGUACGCUUUUGGCUGCGAACUUUGGGCCCCCUGGAGCGAAGAGCUGGGAAGAUGGAUCGUGAUGCAGCUCUCGCUUCUCGGAGUCAACGCGAGCAUCUUGAUUUGCGGGCUCAGCCCAACUUUCAGUGGGAUCAUCGCGGGACGCGUUAUUGGAGGACUGUCUAGCGCUGGCGGUUCUGUGACCAUGGGUAUGGUUGCAGACAUGUUCGACUCCGACUCGCAGGCCCACGCCGUUCUCUGGGCCUCGCUCUGGAGCUGCCUUGGUGCCGUUAUUGGCGGCAUCUGUGGCGGUCCCAUCCAGCAAUACCUGCCAUGGCGGUACAUCUUCUGGAUCCAAUUGGGCUUCGGCUGCGUCACUCAGGCUGUUCACUACUUCGUCGCCAAGGAGACGCGCGCGACCAAGAUGCUGGAUAAGGAGGCCCAACGGUCACGAAAGUGUAAAAAGGACGAGAUGUACGGGCCCAACGAGGCCAUCAAUUGGGGCAAGAAGUGGUACCAACGCUUCGACAUCAAAGAAAUCGCCGAGACCAUGUGGCGCCCCUACAGAAUGCUCUUCACAGAACCCAUUGUGCUCUUCCUCUCGCUCCUCUCGGGCUUUGCCGAUGCCCUCAUCUUCAGCUUUUUCGAGAGCUACGGCUACGUCUUCGCCCAGUGGAGCUUCACUCCCACGCAAAUCAGCUUGGCGCUGCUCCCCCUUGCCGGCUCCUAUGUCGCUGGCUACCUCAGCUUCUUCCCCGUGGUCGCGCGCCACGACGCCCGCCGCCGCAGGGGCGAGGCCCUCCCACCCGAGUCGCGCCUCUGGUGGCUGCUCUUCCAGGUCGCGCUGCUCCCGCUGGGCCUGCUCGGCAGCGCGUUUGUGGCAUCGGGCCCACCGCUGCACUGGUCGGGCGUCCUCGUCUUCAGCGUGCUCAUUGGCGUGGCCAACUUUAGUAUCUACUACGCCACCAUCGACUACAUGGUCGCGUCAUAUGGGGAGUACUCAGCCUCCGCUACGGGCGGCAACGGUUUCGCGCGCGACUUCCUUGCCGGCAUGUGUGCGCUGUACACGGGCAGGAUGUACAAGACGCUGGGGAUCCGGAACGCGCAGCUUGUGCUGUUUGGCUUGGCGGCACUGUUUUGUCUGCCGGUUUGGGUGUUUUACUACUUUGGACCUGAGAUCAGGAAAAAGAGUCGGUUCGCGGAGCAGCUGGCGGAGAAGAAGGAGAAGAAGUCUUGUGGGUCGCGAUCUGGGCGAGAUCGAUUACUGGACCCGGUAAUCAGUGUCGCUUGA